UUCCUUCGCACCAAAUCGUAGCUGGUUUGGGCGGGGCGUGGGGGCGCUCCUCUAGAAUAGAUCUUCUCUAGGUAUUCACAGAUCUAUCUCGCGAGCAAUGGCGGGUGUGAUUGCGCUGUUCGAUGUGGAUGGAACGCUCACGCCGCCGAGGAAGGUCGCUUCCGUUGAAAUGCUAGAUUUCUUGCAGGAGCUCCGAAAGGUGAUCACUGUCGGGGUCGUUGGUGGCUCGGAUCUGUCGAAAAUCUCGGAGCAGCUUGGCAAGAACACUAUCAACGAUUAUGACUAUGUUUUCUCUGAGAAUGGCCUUGUUGCUCACAAAGGUGGAUCUCAAAUUGGUAGCCAGAGCCUAAAAAGCUUUCUUGGAGACGAUCAGCUCAAGGAAUUUAUAAAUUUCGUGCUUCACUACAUCGCAGAUUUGGACAUUCCUAUCAAGAGAGGAACUUUUAUCGAGUUUAGGACGGGUAUGCUAAACGUUUCUCCUAUCGGACGUAAUUGUAGCCAGGAAGAACGCGAUGCUUUCGAGCAAUAUGACAAGAUUCAUAACAUACGACGGGACAUGGUUAAUGUUCUCAAGGAAAAUUUUUCACAUUUGCCGCUUACUUACUCGAUCGGUGGCCAGAUUAGUUUCGAUGUUUUUCCCAGAGGCUGGGAUAAAACUUACUGCCUCCAGUUCCUCGACGAUUUCAAGGAGAUCCAUUUCUUCGGAGACAAAACUUUCAAGGGAGGCAACGAUCACGAAAUUUUCGAGUCGGAGAGGACCAUCGGGCACACUGUCACCAGCCCUGGAGACACGAGAGAACAGUGCACGCGUUUGUUCCUCACAACCAUGUAAUUUAAUUGAGUGAUUAAAUUAUCAAUAAAUUAAAGAAAUAAGCAUUGUUUAACAAGA